CCGCCAUGCCGCUGCUGGGUGCCCUGCUGCUGGCCCUGGCCCUGCUCUGCACCUGGCGGCUGGCGCGCCGGCGGGACUCCCUGGCAAUGGCCACGGCGACAGGUCUGGGGCGCCCGCGGAGCCUGCCGGCCCUGCCGCUGGUGGGGAGCCUGCUGCAGCUGGCCGGGCACCCCCAGCUCCACCUGCGGCUGUGGCGCCUGCAGGGGCACUACGGCAGCCUCUACGCCCUCUGGAUGGGCUCCCACUACGUGGUGGUGGUGAACAGCUAUCGGCACGCCAGGGAGGUGCUGCUCAAGAAGGGCAAAGACUUCGCCGGACGGCCCCGCACCGUGAGUCGGCAGCAGGUGACCACGGACCUGCUGUCCCGGGGGGGCAAGGACAUCGCCUUCGCCAGCUACGGACCCCUCUGGAAGUUCCAGCGCAAGCUGGUGCACACUGCCCUCUCGAUGUUCGGGGAGGGCUCCCUCGCCCUCGAGAGGAUCAUCUGCCGGGAGGCUGCAUCCCUGUGUGAGACGCUCAGCGCUGCGCAGGACAUGGCCCUGGACAUGGCCCCCGAGCUCACACGGGCCGUCACCAACGUGGUCUGCUCCCUCUGCUUUAACUCCUCGUACCGGCGUGGGGACCCUGAGUUCGAAGCCAUGCUGGAGUACAGCCAGGGAAUCGUGGACACUGUGGCCAAGGAGAGCUUGGUGGACAUCUUCCCCUGGCUCCAGAUAUUUCCCAACAAGGACCUGGCCCUGUUGAAGAAAUGCCUCCAUGUCCGGGACCAGCUGCUCCAGCAGAAAUUCACUGAACACAAGGAAGCUUUCUGCAGAGACACCGUGAAGGACCUCAUGGAUGCCCUCCUGCAAGUGAGGCUCAGUGCUGAGAACAGCAGCCCCCCAGAGCCAGGGCUGGAGCUGACUGACGACCACCUCCUCAUGACAGUGGGGGACAUCUUUGGGGCUGGUGUGGAGACCACCACGACUGUGCUCAAAUGGGCUGUGCUCUACCUGCUCCACUACCCUGAGGUCCAGAGGAAGAUCCAGGAGGAAAUGGACCACAAGAUCGGCCUGGUGCGUCACCCCCACCUCAGCGACCGCCCGCUGCUGCCCUACCUGGAGGCCACCAUCAGUGAAGUGCUGCGCAUCCGGCCCGUGUCCCCCCUGCUCAUCCCACAUGUGUCCCUUGCCGACACCAGCAUUGGGGAAUACUCCAUCCCCAAGGGUGCCAGGGUCAUCAUCAACCUCUGGUCUGUGCACCACGACGAGAAGGAGUGGGACAAGCCUGAGGAGUUCAAUCCUGGCCGCUUCCUGGAUGAGCGGGGCCAGCACAUCCAUUCGCCCUCACCCAGCUACCUCCCCUUUGGAGCCGGGAUCCGUGUCUGCCUGGGUAAAGUCCUGGCCAAGAUGGAGCUCUUCCUCUUCCUGGCCUGGGUGCUGCAGAGGUUCACACUCGAGUGCCCUGAGGACCAGCCCCUGCCCUCACUGGAGGGCAAGUUUGGUGUCGUGCUGCAGGUGCAGAAGUUUCAGGUGAAGGCCAGGCUGAGGGAAGCCUGGAGAGCAGCCUAGUGAUGGGGAGGAGCCCAGGAUCCCGGGCAGUGGGGGGUGGGAGGUGGGACCACAGAGGCUGCCCCAUGGAUGGGGGGUUAUCCAGAUAAAGCUAUUCCCAACACAGCAUGGCUCCAGCAAUUUUUUGGGCAGGAGAUGGCGGGCAGGGUCUGGUGGGAGAUGUAUGGUGGCCCCACAACUUGCUGUCAGCACUGGGCUGAGCUGGGAGGCUGUGGCCUCUCUGCAGCAGCAUGGAAGCUCCUGCCUGCUCACUGUCCUGAGCACUCACUGUCUGCCUGGAAUUUGGCCAUCACUCCAGCAGCAGCACAACCUUCCCAUAACGCAAGGGGCCGUGUUUGCUUUGCUUUCACCAAAAAGUACUGUGCCAUGGAGGGCAGCGUGUUAAUUAGGUUUCUGGUUCUCUAUUACUUGACCUCUUAAUAUUUAACUGAAUAGCUGCACAGCUAUGGCUCAGGGCCCCUGGAGGGAAAGCAGCCAAGGCAGAGGGGAAAGCCCCACAGAGCCCCAGCACAAUGUGACAUCCCAGCCCUGCACACCCCCUCAUUUUCCCCCUGCUCUUUCUCUUGUUAGCAGGCAGGAAAACAGGCAUAAACUUCCCCACCACUGAA